AUGCGCUGCAACAGCACCCUGGGCGACGACGGCACCCGCGACGGCACCCUGGGCGACGAUGGCAGCAAGGGAACUCUGGCAGACGCCUACGCAGGCAACAGCACCCUGGGCGACGACGGCAACGUGACUUUGGCUGAUGUCUACACGGGCAACAGCACCCUGGGCGACGACGGCAACGUGACUUUGGCUGACGUCUACAAGGUCAACGGCACCCUGGGCGACGACGGCACCCACAACGUAACGUUGGACGACAUCUACACUGACAACGGCACCCUGGCCGACGAUCGCAGCACGGGCAACGGAACUUUGGCAGAUGGCAACGACACCCUGUCCGACGUCUACACCCGCAACGGCACCCUGGGCGACGAUGGCAGCAAUGGUACUUUGGCUGACGUCUACGCGGGCAACGGCACCCUGGGCGACGACGGCAACGAGACUUUGGCUGACGUCUACGCGGGCAACGGCACCCUGGGCGACGACGGCAGCAAUGGAACUUUGGCAGAUGCCGACGCAGGCAACGGCACCCUGAGCGACGACGGCAACGUGACCCUAGCUGACUACACGGGCAACGGAACUUUGGCUGACGGCUACACGGGCAACGGCACCCUGGCCGACGUCGAGACGGGCAACGGAACUUUGGCAGAUGGCAACGGCACCCUGGGCGACGACGGCAACGUGACUUUUGCUGACGUCUACACUGGCAACGGCACCCUGGCCGACGACGACACGGGCAACGGAACUUUGGCAGAUGGCAACGACACCCUGUCCGACGUCUACACCCGCAACGGCACCCUGGGCGACGAUGGCAGCAAUGGUACUUUGGCUGACGUCUACGCGGGCAACGGCACCCUGGGCGACGACGGCAACGAGACUUUGGCUGACGUCUACGCGGGCAACGGCACCCUGGGCGACGACGGCAGCAAUGGAACUUUGGCAGAUGCCGACACGGGCAACGGCACCCUGGGUGACGACGGCAGCAAUGGAACUUUGGCUGACGGCUACACGGGCAACGGCACCCUGGGCGACGACGGCAACGUGACUUUUGCUGACGUCUACACUGGCAACGGCACCCUGGCCGACGUCGAGACGGGCAACGGAACUUUGGCAGAUGGCAACGACACCCUGGGCGACGACGGAAACGUGACUUUGGCUGACGGCUACACGGGCAACGGCACCCUGGGCGACGACGGCAGCAAUGGAACUUUGGCUGAUGGCUACACGGGCAACGGCACCCUGGGCGACGACGGCAACGUGACUUUUGCUGACGUCUACACUGGCAACGGUACCCUGGCCGACGUCGAGACGGGCAACGGAACUUUGGCAGAUGGCAACGGCACCCUGGGCGACGACGGCAGCAAUGGAACUUUGGCUGACGGCUACACGGGCAACGGCAACCUGGGCGACGUCGACACGGGCAACGGAACUUUGGCAGAUGGCAACGGCACCCUGUCCGACGUCUACACCCGCAACGGCACCCUGGGCGACGAUGGCAGCAAUGGUACUUUGGCAGAUGGCUACGCAGGCAACGGCACCCUGGGCGACGACUGCAACGAGACUUUGGCUGACGUCUACGCGGGCAACGGCACCCUGGGCGACGACACCCGCAACGGCACCCUGGACGACGGCAGCAAUGGAACUUUGGCAGAUGCCGACGCAGGCAACGGCACCCUGAGCGACGACGGCAACGUGACCCUAGCUGACGUCUACACGGGCAACGGAACUUUGGCUGACGGCUACACGGGCAACGGCACCCUGGGCGACGACUGCAACGUGACUUUUGCCGACGUCUACACUGGCAACGGCACCCUGGCCGACGUCGAGACGGGCAACGGAACUUUGGCAGAUGGCAACGGCACCCUGGGCGACGACGGCAGCAAUGGAACUUUGGCUGACGGCUACACGGGCAACGGCACCCUGGGCGACGACGGCAACGUGACUUUUGCCGACGUCUACACUGGCAACGGCACCCUGGCCGACGUCGAGACGGGCAACGGAACUUUGGCAGAUGGCAACGGCACCCUGGCCGACGUCGACACGGGCAACGGAACUUUGGCAGAUGGCAACGACACCCUGUCCGACGUCUACACCCGCAACGGCACCCUGGGCGACGAUGGCAGCAAUGGUACUUUGGCUGACGUCUACGCGGGCAACGGCACCCUGGCCGACGUCGACACGGGCAACGGAACUUUGGCAGAUGGCAACGACACCCUGUCCGACGUCUACACCCGCAACGGCACCCUGUCCGACGUCUACACCCGCAACGGCACCCUGGGCGACGAUGGCAGCAAUGGUACUUUGGCUGACGUCUACGCGGGCAACGGCACCCUGGGCGACGACGGCAACGAGACUUUGGCUGACGUCUACGCGGGCAACGGCACCCUGGGCGACGACGGCAGCAAUGGAACUUUGGCAGAUGCCGACGCAGGCAACGGCACCCUGAGCGACGACGGCAACGUGACCCUAGCUGACUACACGGGCAACGGAACUUUGGCUGACGGCUACACGGGCAACGGCACCCUGGGCGACGACGGCAGCAAUGGAACUUUGGCUGACGGCUACACGGGCAACGGCACCCUGGGCGACGACUGCAACGUGACUUUGGCUGACGUCUACACUGGCAACGGCACCCUGGCCGACGUCGACACGGGCAACGGAACUUUGGCAGAUGGCAACGACACCCUGUCCGACGUCUACACCCGCAACGGCACCCUGGGCGACGAUGGCAGCAAUGGUACUUUGGCUGGCGUCUACGCGGGCAACGGCACCCUGGGCGACGACGGCAGCAAUGGAACUUUGGCAGAUGCCGACGCAGGCAACGGCACCCUGAGCGACGACGGCAACGUGACCCUAGCUGACGUCUACACGGGAAACGGAACUUUGGCUGACGGCUACACGGGCAACGGCACCCUGGGCGACGACGGCAACGUGACUUUUGCUGACGUCUACACUGGCAACGGCACCCUGGCCGACGUCGAGACGGGCAACGGAACUUUGGCAGAUGGCAACGACACCCUGGGCGACGACGGAAACGUGACUUUGGCUGACGGCUACACGGGCAACGGCACCCUGGGCGACGACGGCAGCAAUGGAACUUUGGCUGAUGGCUACACGGGCAACGGCACCCUGGGCGACGACGGCAACGUGACUUUUGCUGACGUCUACACUGGCAACGGCACCCUGGCCGACGUCGAGACGGGCAACGGCACCCUGGGCGACGAUGGCAGCAAUGGUACUUUGGCUGACGUCUACGCGGGCAACGGCACCCUGGCCGACGUCGACACGGGCAACGGAACUUUGGCAGAUGGCAACGGCACCCUGUCCGACGUCUACACCCGCAACGGCACCCUGUCCGACGUCUACACCCGCAACGGCACCCUGGGCGACGAUGGCAGCAAUGGUACUUUGGCUGACGUCUACGCGGGCAACGGCACCCUGGGCGACGACGGCAACGAGACUUUGGCUGACGUCUACGCGGGCAACGGCACCCUGGGCGACGACGGCAGCAAUGGAACUUUGGCAGAUGCCGACGCAGGCAACGGCACCCUGAGCGACGACGGCAACGUGACCCUAGCUGACUACACGGGCAACGGAACUUUGGCUGACGGCUACACGGGCAACGGCACCCUGGGCGACGACGGCAGCAAUGGAACUUUGGCUGACGGCUACACGGGCAACGGCACCCUGGGCGACGACUGCAACGUGACUUUGGCUGACGUCUACACUGGCAACGGCACCCUGGCCGACGUCGACACGGGCAACGGAACUUUGGCAGAUGGCAACGACACCCUGUCCGACGUCUACACCCGCAACGGCACCCUGGGCGACGAUGGCAGCAAUGGUACUUUGGCUGGCGUCUACGCGGGCAACGGCACCCUGGGCGACGACGGCAACGAGACUUUGGCUGACGUCUACGCGGGCAACGGCACCCUGGGCGACGACGGCAGCAAUGGAACUUUGGCAGAUGCCGACGCAGGCAACGGCACCCUGAGCGACGACGGCAACGUGACCCUAGCUGACGUCUACACGGGAAACGGAACUUUGGCUGACGGCUACACGGGCAACGGCACCCUGGGCGACGACGGCAACGUGACUUUUGCUGACGGCUACACGGGCAACGGCAACCUGGCCGACGUCGACACGGGCAACGGAACUUUGGCAGAUGGCAACGGCACCCUGGGCGACGACGGCAACGUGACUUUUGCUGACGUCUACACUGGCAACGGCACCCUGGCCGACGUCGAGACGGGCAACGGAACUUUGGCAGAUGGCAACGGCACCCUGGGCGACGACUGCAACGUGACUUUGCCUGGCGGCUACACAGGCAACGGCACCCUGGGCGACGACGGCAGCAAUGGAACUUUGGCUGACGUCUACACUGGCAACGGCACCCUGGGCGACGACGGCAGCAAUGGAACUUUGGCUGACGGCUACACGGGCAACGGCAACCUGGCCGACGUCGACACGGGCAACGGAACUUUGGCAGAUGGCAAUGACACCCUGGGCGACGUCUACACCCGCAACGGCACCCUGGCCGACGAUGGCACCCUGGCCGACAAUGGCAGCAAUGGUACUUUGGCAGAUGGCUACUCAGGCAACGGCACCCUGGGCGACGACGGCAAUGUGACUUUUGCUGACGUCUACACUGGCAACGGCACCCUGGGCGACGACGGCAGCAAUGGAACUUUGGCUGACGGCUACACGGGCAACGGCAACCUGGCCGACGUCGACACGGGCAACGGAACUUUGGCAGAUGGCAAUGACACCCUGGGCGACGUCUACACCCGCAACGGCACCCUGGCCGACGAUGGCACCCUGGCCGACAAUGGCAGCAAUGGUACUUUGGCAGAUGGCUACUCAGGCAACGGCACCCUGGGCGACGACCACAAUGUAACUUUGGCCGACAUCUACACUGGCAAUGGCACCCUGGGCGACGACGGCAACUUAACUCUGACCGACGGCUACACGGGCACCUCGGACCUCGUCGCCUAGAAACAGUUUUUGGGACAGUGCAUUAGUUAAGAUGUUUUUGCUUGUACCUACUUAUCUCUGCUUUCAAUAAAACUAUUGCCUUAA